AAGUGGUCAUUCACUUCGGUACUUUAUAUCGACAACUUGUGUUCUCUGGAAUACGGGAGAUAUUAGUUCGAAAAUUCGAAAUAUUCAUCUGGAGCAAUGAUGAUGUUUCUUAUUUUCUUGCUGUUUUCUGUGAUUGGUACAAGCCCGGCUCUACCAGCUGACCCACCUGUUGAAAAAGAUCCUGAACUAACUCCUGGCUUCUUCGAAGGUGAUAUUGUGUUACAAGCGCCUUGGCGUAAUGGCGUAAGUAAGGAAAGUCGUCAUUGGCCCAAUGGUAUUGUCUAUUACAAAUUUAUGGAAGGAUUUUUCGACGAAGGACAAGUACUUUUUGUGAAAGGUGCUAUGAAAACCAUGGAAGAUGUUUCUUGCAUUCGCUUCGUAGAGGCCGACGAUAACCAACCAUAUUUCAUCAACAUAACAGGCAAUCCUCGUGGCUGUUACUCCACUAUUGGGUUUAGUGGUGGCAUCCAACAAUACAAUCUGCAACCGUAUCCUUUAGAAGAGGGCUGCUUUCGUGUCGGCACCAUAAUGCACGAAAUGUUGCACACACUCGGUUUCUAUCAUAUGCAGAGCACUUAUAACCGCAACAAAUAUGUGCGUAUUGUCACUAAAAAUAUUGACCCCAGUCAUCUGCACAAUUUUAAUAAAUAUGAAAAGAAAUUUAUUGAUGAUUUUGAAGCAAAAUACGAUUACGGUAGUAUUUUGCAUUAUUCGCCCCUUGCUUUCUCAGCGAACGGCAAAAAUACAAUAGAGCCUCUGAGAAAUGUGCCGGAGAAUGUAAUGGGUCAGCGUGUGGCUUUAAGUAAAGGUGAUAUUAACAAAUUGAAUAAAAUGUAUAAAUGUGGAAAAAAUUAGUCAGCAUUAAAAACUGUGUUGCUAUGGGUGUCGAAUUAAUGUAUGCGCAUAUAUAUUAUGUGAACCAAUGUUUUGUUUUAAAUCUAUAUAUACAUACAUAACUAUAUAUCUGCUAAUUUAAAAUUUUUUCUAUAUUACUAAUUUGCUAAUUUACAAUACUAUAAAUAUUUACAAUAAAGUUUAAACUAUGAGCAUGAAUA